AUGGGGAGGGACUCCUGUUCGCUCUGUGGUCUGAAAGCCAUCACCUUGCAGGUUUGUCCAAGUGUGGGGCCGCUCCAGGACGCUGCCCACAGCUACCCUGGGACCUCAGAGGUGGCUGGGGGUAGGGGCAGGGUGACGGUGGGCCGGGGAGGCCUGCAGCCCGACCCAGACACACCGGUGGGUGAGGACCUGGCUGCUUCCAGAAGCGUCUGGAGGAGAAGAGUGCGCUUCAGGGGGUUCUGUGAAAGGCCACAAGCUGUCAGCCUGCAGGGCGCUUGGAACCACACCCUGCCCCCACGCAGACAGGCGGAGGCUCUAAGGCUCUCUGUGGUCAGCAGUGAAGCGACCCACACCUCGCAGGGCCCAUGUGAGAGCCAGGGGAUGGGGACAACGGGUGCAGGAGCCAGGAGGGCUUCCCGGGGACUCGCUGGCCACGGGCCCCCGGGGAUUGGGCCGCAGCAGCAGCUGCAGCAUCAGCUCCAAUGCCCCCGGGGCGGGCUCUCUGGGCCGGCACCCCUCCCCUGGCAGCGGCUGGGAGUAGCCAGGGCAGGGGGAGGCUACAGGCCACAACCCUGCCAGGAGGCCCAGGCCGAGCAGGCGCUGGCCACCCACCGUGGGCACCUGGAUGCUUCUGGGCGGGCCACGCUCAAGGGGAGCCCUGCUGGACCCUGCCCCAUGGCCCGGCCUGCUCCCUGCGGCCCUUCUGGGCGGGCCGUGCUCAAGGGGAGCCCCGCCAGACCCUGCCCUGUGGCCCCGCCUGCCCCCUCCGGCCUCGCCUUUGCUGAGGAGCCACGAGAUGAGAACUCAGUGGUUCUGGGAUCUGCUCUUCUGCAAAACCAGCAGGUGGAGACGCACCUGUUGGCCUUCCUGCCGCCUCCGUGGUCCGGAGAGUGGGUCUCAGGACCAUGGUCGCAGAGCCGGGGACCAGCUGAGGCCAGACGGGGAGGGGCCCAGCCAGGAGUCUGCAUGGAAAGCAGGCCCCCGCCAUGUGCCCCUGUCCCCAAGGCCAGCAGGAGAGGCUCCUGGGAGGCUCUGCCAGGCAGGCUCGGGGUGCAGACCGACGGCCGAGCACCCGCGGAUGGCGGCACCGGAAGGACUCAGACCCACUGGGCUUACCUGCCCCGCCCCCGGGCGAGCGGGCCGGGCUGGUGGGUCGGGGCGGAGGGGCUUGCAGAGCCCCGGGUGAGUCUCGAGCAAUCGCCCCCUGCAACCCCCAUGAGGAAGAGCCCCGCCCCCGACCCUGAGCAAGUGGGGGCGGGGGCGGAGAACAGGGAGACCCUCCCCACGGAGACGCCCACCCUGGGGUCGCACUGCGCAGGGCUGGGAGGGGCUGGGCGAGGCCCGGGGGCGGUGGGGAGGCGGUCCGUCCCACACUCCCGCCCGGCCUGCAGGCUUCGCUGCCCAGUGAGAGUGGACACCCCCACACCCCCGCCGUCAGGCACCCGGACCCCAGAGCGGCCCUCCCGGCCCCAGUGCACACGGAACGGGCAGAAAGGAACUGCUUGUCACAACACGGACGGAGCACAGCGGUUUCCGUGA